CGGAGCGCCCCCUGUCGCAGCUGCCGCUAUUUAUUUCCCUUUCCCCAGUGCCGAGCGGAGCUGGUGAUCUCAAUGAACUGAGUGGGGGGUUUGUUUGGUGAGGGGGGCAAAAUCUGGCAGCAGGCGAUCGUCGGUCUCUGUCUGGCCCUACUUCCCUCCCUUGUGUGCGUGGCCGAAGACUCGGCUGGAUGUCCGCGCUGCGCUGAAGGCAGCCCGCGGUGUGUGGGCCGGACCGGACCGGGACUCAGUGCACGGAAUUAAGCGGAGCGGAGAAGCGCCUGACUCAAAGCCCAGGCGCCGCUAUCAGCGCACACUCCCGGGUUUGUGAUGAGCCGGCACUCGGCAUCGAUUUAGGUUUGCUAACCUACACACAGUUUAGAUUUUACUUCCGCACUUGUUCGCCUUGAAGAUGCAGACCUGGCUUAAAGGCAAGCGAGUCGGAUACUGGCUGAGCGAGAAGAAGAUCAAAAAGCUGAAUUUCCAGGCCUUCGCGGAUCUUUGCAGGAAAAGAGGCAUAGAUGUUGUGCAGCUUGAUUUGGAAAAACCAAUCGAGGAGCAGGGGCCACUUGAUGUUAUAAUCCACAAGCUGACUGAUGUCAUUCUGGAGGCCGAUCAAAAUGAUGCACAAUCCCAAGAGCUGGUCCAGAGGUUUCAGGACUACAUUGACACACACCCAGAGACCAUCAUUCUGGACCCUCUCCCUGCAAUCAGGACCCUCCUAGAUAGAUGCAGGUCCUAUGAGCUGAUUCGCAGGCUUGAAGGCUACAUGCAAGAUGACCGCAUUUGUUCACCUCCAUUUAUGGAACUCGCCAGCCAGUGUAGUGAAGACAUGAUGGCAGAGCUGAAGAAGCACAAGCUGACAUUCCCGUUCAUUUGCAAAACCAGAGUGGCACAUGGCACCAACUCUCAUGAGAUGGCGAUCAUUUUCAGUGAGGAAGGCUUGAAAGACAUAAAGCCCCAGUGUGUCAUCCAGAGCUUUAUAAACCACAAUGCUGUUCUCCACAAAGUGUUUGUGGUUGGCGAGUCAUACACUGUGGUGGAACGGCCAUCGCUGAAGAACUUCUCCACUGGCGUUUCAGACAGAAAAACAAUAUUCUUCAACAGCCACAAUGUGUCAAAACCAGAAUCUUCAUCUGAUUUAACAGCGCUGGAUGUGGUGGAAGGUGUCUGCAGGCCCCCAAGCGAUGAAGUCAUCAGGAAAAUAUCCAGGAACCUGCGUGAAGCACUUGGAAUUUCCCUGUUUGGCAUUGAUGUAAUCAUCAAUAACCGGACCGGCCAGCAUGCUGUCAUCGACAUCAAUGCAUUCCCAGGAUACGAAGGCGUGCCAGAGUUCUUCACCGAGCUGAUAAACCACAUUCAAGUUGUUCUGCAAGAUCAAAACCCGGAGUCACCUCAGUUCAGCCAGAACAAUACCGCGCCUGAGCAGGCCGCAAGCAUCUGUGGGGACCGGGCCCGUCCUGCUGCCUCAGGUUUUGUGACCAUGGCGACAAAGGAGGCGUGGCUUAUGGAAGAUGACCCGAGCAGCAGCAAGAGGCUGCAGCACCAGCGGCUAAGUUGCAAUUCAGCUUUGCCACCCAACUUUCAGAACUGUGUUGCCCCCAUGGCAACCAAAGCUUCCUCGCAAUAACUACUGACUAAACCCAAGAAAAAAAUCAUUAAUGGGGAUCAAUGUGAUCCAAUUUCUUAAAUCAAUAGACCAAUUUAUGUUUUGUUUGAAUGACUUCACAGAUUGGUGCAGGGACUAGAGCACAGUAUCGAAAGGUUCCUUGAGGAGCAGUUUGCAGAUCCUUUGAUAAAGUGUGGAUACUCAAUCUAGUUCUUGUCAAGCAUUGAUAUUAGCAAAAAUUGCUUUGUUAGGCUUUUACCAUACUGGAACUAUUAAUUCUCUCAACAGGAAUCAACUAUAAUUGGCUAAUUCAGUUCAUCAGGAAUCCUUUCUUUCAUCCCAUCUAUUUGGGCAUUUCAUCUCUCUCUUCCGUGACACUUCACCUCAGUCAGCACACAGGAGCCCUUUUUAAAAUCGCUGUAUAGUUUGCUCUCAGGAGCUGCGAGCUAUUGUGAGAGUUCUGUGAAGUUCACAGUUGGUUAAACCCCUGUGAGAUCUGUCAGUUUGCAAGAAUCUGGUUGAAUUUUGGGACAAGGUGUGCUGUAAGCUUUACCCAACAAAAGAAAUUCUCAGUAAAUAAAAACUCUGUACUUCAAAUAAAAAUAGAAAGGGUAAAGUUGAGGCGAUUGUUGAAGUAUGGUAAAGUGGGGGUUGGGUCCAAAUAACAGCAUAUUUGCUUGUAAGCUAAGUGACUUCUGAAAAUACACAACACGGAUUUCAAGAA